CUCUACGAUAACAGAGCAAUCUACGGCUUAGAUUUCAACUUAACAACAUAUUUCAAGGUUAUGGUAAAAACUGCGUACGUGUUAUUGUUUGUGUUUAAAUUAGCUAAUUCAACACUCAAUCGUACAUUUCAUAUUGCACAUUGAACUUUUUAUAUCGACAUAAGUUUAAACAUCUGGUAGACUUUUUUUAUUAUUUAUAUUCAAAAAUGUCCAGCCCCAAGCAAGAAUCCGUUCUCAAAGCAGGUCACCCCCCUGCAGUGAAGGCAGGUGGGAUGAGAAUAACCCAGCACAAGACAAGAAAAGAUUUUGGUGGAUUAACCGAAGAUGUGACUGGAAUUACAGUAACUGGUAGUCCCCCAAAAACAACUACUGUAUCUGGAGCAGUUGUCAAAGGGCAUGCUGAUUUUCCAGCAGAAGCUGUUCAAAGUUUUCAUAAAGAAAAACCUCCAGUAAAUCAUCCCACCAAACCAUUAACUCAUAUCCAACAACCUAGAAAAUAAAUUCAUGGGUACCAAUUCCCAUAAGAUGUAAAAUAAGGUUUUAACAUGAGUUUUCACAAUGACACUUUUUAAUACAUCUUUCAAAUAGCAUUUAAGUAAUGUGAAUGUUUCAUAUUAUAUCAAUUAAAUAGAUGAGAUUAGAUUACUCUUGUUACUGUUUUAUAAUUUAAAAGCUCUUUAUGAAACCAGUCUACUUGGUUUAGUCCGUGUUACUAACUUCAAUUUUUAUAUAUUUUGUUUGAAAUACAUUUUUCCCCAAAAAACUAAAAAGUGAUUGUGAAAUUCUUGUUUCAACAUUAUUUCCUUUUAUAAUUUUUAGUCUUUCGUUUAAGCAGCAAUCACAUUUGAAAAUAAACCCAAUAACAUACCGAUAUUAAAGUAAGGCUGCUUUUCAAACGUAUUACUAUUUUUUGAACUGAUUUUUAUUAAUACAAAUAGAUUUUAAAAAUGUUUAUGUUCAUUGCACUUGUAAACUAUUGAAUAAUAAUUGUUUGAUGUACAUAUGAUGUGAUACAUAUUUUCAAUUUUUUGAACAACAUAUAGAAUCUAUAUCAGUCUUUCUAACAGUUAAGUUUCUUUUCAACUCAAAUGUAAUAUAUAAAAUGAAACUUUUUGAAUGAAACCAUUUUUUAUCAAUUUCAUUAUAAAAGAAACUCAAUGCAGUUCUGUGAUUGUAAAUCAAGACAAACUUUAUAAAUAGUGCGAUUUACUGUUAGCUAGUUAUUUUGGAUGCAACUUAUUUUAUUGAAAAUUAUACAAUUUUCUGAUAACAGAAUAUUUUGAGGAAUAGAAAAACUGAUUUGUCAAGAGAAAUAAUUGAAUUUAAUUUGUAUAUGAUAUUUUUCUAGGGCUGUAAUACAAAAUGGCCAUUUCCUGACACUUUUUUGUUGAACAAUUUGAGACAUUUUUUACUAGAAUUUUGUUUCCAUAUCAAUAACCAUGUAAAUGGAUAUAAGUAAUUUUUAGAAUUAACCUCAUUCAAUAUUGCAGAAAUUGUUAAUGUGGUAUGCUUAAACUCAUUACUGGAAAUCAAUGUUUCUAUUUAUUAAAUUAAUUAUGUAUCACUUUCCAAAUUAAUAUUUUGAUUUAUACAUAGUUUAUAUAAUUUAAAAAAUUAUUUUAUUCAUGUUUUUUAAUAUACCUACCAAAUAUUAGGAUAAAAACCGAUUGAUUUCUUGAAAAAAUUUAUUUCUUUUUAUUAUUGUUAGGAAUCAACAGUACUAAAGAAUAAUUCAGUUGUAGUCCAUAAAUGUAUGAAUAUACCUAAUUUAAUGAAAUUGUUUAUGUUACUCAAUAGUUUUUAAAUUUAAUUUAUUAAUAAUCCUGAUAAUAAUUAGCAACAGCACUAGAAAAAGUUGAGUAUAUAAUUCUAGGAAAUAACUCACUAUUUUAAUUAUAUUAGCGGUUAUAUUGGUACAAUUAGCAAAUACAUUCUUAGCUAACACAUUUACGGAAUUUUAAUAAGAGCAUAUUCUCUAGCUAUUCUAGCUAGCUCUAGAAAUUUCCGAUAUUGAAUUAAAGCAUAGCACCUUGGCAAUUUCUGCAAUAUUCGGCAUACUACUUUCACUAGAUGUAUAAUUUUAAGUUUUAUUUUAUCACAAUUUGACUUCUAGGUUCCUCAUAAAAUGGUUAGAAAAUGGUAUUUUUAUACUAAAGUUGUAAAAAAAUUAAGUUUGAUUACUUCGAGCAUUUCACUUAAUAAUAACUUGUGCACAAAUAUAAAAUAUAACACUUGAUUUUACAUUUUCAAAAAAUGUAAUGAUUCAGAGGAUGUUGAAAUGUUGUUAUAUAUUUUUAUUGCUCUUAUAAUACUAAUGUAGAUGUUUUCUUUCAAAUUUUUUAUAUGGUUUGGGUUUUAUAAUUGAUAAUUUUCUUUUUAUGUAUGAAAGAAAUUUUAUUUUCUGUCAAAAUAAAGGUGAUUUUAAUACAUUUAA